AUGAAUUCCCAAGCUGAAAUACGGUCGAUAUUUGUCUUGUUGGGUGUUGAUUUGGACGAAUUAAAUCAAAUCGAAAAAAAAGUUCUCAGACUCGAGCAAGCAGUCAAUGAAGAUGAUAUUGAUGAACGUGCAGGUUCCUUGGCAGAAGCAAUCGAAAAGUUGUUUGCUUCACAAUUCAACAAAAUGGCUGCGAUUAGUGUACAACAACGGUCUAAAUUCUACAAGUAUUUUAUGCAACGUCUCGAGUCUCAGCAAUGUCACACGUCCAUACAACAGAACAGCAAGCUCAAUACUCAGUUGCACUGUCUAGAUUUGUUUUGCGGAAUAGACUUCACAAGGAAGCCUUUAUCAUUUGCUCCAGACGCUCUGAAACAAUGGCGUAUUUGGGAACCAGAUGCAGAUAAAUUACUUGAUUUAAUAAAGGCAAUAAGAAACAAAGCCGACGCUCAAAGUGUUUUUGUAGAAGAAGAUGAGGAGCUUAGUAAGCGUCGAGCUAACAUCGUUCUUACGUGUAUGGGUCGGCUAAAAUCCGGCAAAAGCAGUUUUAUCAAUUAUCUCCUUGAGAGAAACGUGUGCCCUGUUGGUAAUGAAGCGACAACUGCUCGUCUUACAAUGAUUAGGUAUGGCGAACAAACAUCCGUCGAAUUGUGUGCAGCCGAUGGUACUAGAAAAGACUACAUUAUCAUUAGAGAUGACACACAUUUAGCUGAGACCACCAGAAAUCUGAUACAUUUAAAGGGAAAUGAUUGA